AUGUUCUUCCUUAUCACUUUCUUUUUUGUCCUCAGCUCAUGUCCAUGGGGCGUGCACAGAAUGCCACAGAUCAAGUAUCAACGUCUGCAUCUAAUCGAGAUAAUCCGCCACCACGGUGUACCUCAUUUUAUUAUUCGCGUCAUUCCUGUUACUAAACUCAAUGCACAGCAACUUCAGUGUUAUUUGUUGGAAGCUGUUGAGUUCUUUGUGGAAAACAGUGGUUGUGUUAUAUCUAUGUGUGCGACAAUUGUACAACAACCGGUGAAUCUUCCAAGCCAUGUCACUAAAAUAUUCCUUGUAUAUGAAUAUGUGCAAACCACUGAACCGCAACAAGAAUUACUGAAGAUUGUCAGAGAUUCGUUGCACACUGCAGUGACAAGUGAAAGCAUGUACAAAGACAGAGUGACGGCUCUACUAUUGCAGCUUCAGUGUGGCAAUUUUCAGAAACUCUUAGGCAUGUGUGAUGAUAUUGCAAGCCGUCGUAACAGGCCUGGUGUACGACAAUGCACCUCACAGAUUUUAUUGAUAGCUAAUGAAAAUGAAGCAACUGAAGCAACAUUGUCAUCCGAGUUCUUAAAAGAACUAGACCACGGUGGUCUAACACAACCUACAUUGUCAAUGCUUUCUUUGUUCAACGCGCUGUCUUAUUAUGCAAUUCCUAGUGUUCAAACGUAA